UGGCGCGUUGCAGCUGUCAUGGCGGAGACCGUCUGGAAUACUGACACCGGGGAGGCUGUGUAUCGCUCCCGGGACCCCGUGCGCAACUUGCGUCUCCGAGUCCACUUGCAAAGAAUCACAUCAAGCAACUUCCUCCAUUACCAGCCUGCUGCCCAGCGCGGGAAGGACCUCAUAGAUUUGGCCACUUUUAGCCCUCACCCGUCUGCCAGUGGACACCGCCCAGAUGAAGAUGAAGAGGAGGAGGUCUUGAUUGGAUGGCAGGAGAAACUCUUUAGCCAGUUUGAAGUAGAUCUGUACCAAAAUGAAGCCGCCUGUCAGAGCCCUUUAGAUCAUCAGUACCGUCAAGAGAUCCUAAAGCUGGAGGAUUCAGGUAGAAGGAAGAACCGACGAAUCUUUACGUACACUGACUCUGAUAGAUACACCAACUUGGAGGAGCACUGUCAGAAAAUGACCACCGCAACCAGGGAGAUGCCAUCAUUCUUGGUCGAGCGAAUGGCAAAUGUCAGGCGGCGACGGCAGGACAGGCGAGGGAUGGAGGGCGGCAUCCUCAGGUCACGCAUUGUCACCUGGGAACCCUCAGAAGAAUUCAUCAGGAACAACCAUGUCAUCAACACUCCUCUGCAGACAAUGUACAUCAUGGCAGACCUGGGGCCCUAUGGAAAGCUUGGCUAUAAGAAUUAUGAACAUGUCCUCUGUACGCUGAAAGUGGACAGCAAUGGUGUGAUCACAGUGAAGCCUGACUUCACUGGGCUCAAAGGACCCUACAGAAUUGAGACCGAGGGAGAGAAGCAGGAGCUGUGGAAGUAUACCAUCGACAACGUGUCCUCCCUCGCGCAGCCAGAGGAGGAGGAGCGGGAACAGCGUGUGUUCAAGGAUCUCUACGGCCGGCACAAGGAGUAUCUCAGCAGCCUCGUGGGCACUGACUUCGAGACGACGGACCCCGGUGCCUUCCGGCUCUUUGUAAAUGGAGAGGUAGUUUCAGCCCAAGGCUACGAGUAUGACAACCUCUACGUCCACUUCUUUGUGGAAUUACCAACUGCUAACUGGUCAAGCCCAGAGUUCCAGCAGCUCUCAGGAGUAACACAGACCUGUGCCACCAAGUCCCUGGGGAUGGACAAGGUGGCCUACUUCUCCUAUCCAUUCACAUUUGAGGCCUCCUUCCUCCAUGAGGACGAGUCAGCCGAGGCUCUCCCGGAGUGGCCCGUGCUCUACUGCGAGGUCCUCUCCCUCGACUUCUGGCAGAGGUACCGCGUGGAAGGCUACGGGGCCGUGGUGCUGCCUGCCACUCCAGGCUUGCACACGCUGGUGGUCUCCACGUGGAGACCCAGGGAGCUUGGCACAGCAGCCGAGCUGAGGCGGUUUUUCAUCGGUGGCUCCCUGGAACUGGAGGACCUCUCCUACGUGCGGAUACCAGGAACCUUCAAGGGGGAGCGCCUGAGCCGCUUUGGGCUCCGUACAGAGACCACAGGUAGUGUCACCUUCCGCUUGCACUGUCUGCAGCAGUCCAGGGCCUUCCUGGAGUCACGUUCUCUCCGGAAAAGGAUGCGGAGUGUGUUGGACCGUCUGGAAGGGUUUAGCCAGCAGAGUUCCGUUCACAAUGUGCUAGAGGCUUUCCGUCGUGCCCGGCGCCGCAUGCAGGAGGCCCGAGAAAGCCUUCCCCAGGACCUAGUUAGCCCCUCGGGAGCUCUGGUCUCCUAGCCUGCUGCAGCUCUGUUCCUCUGUGCAAGAGGAUACGACGGGUGGCAGCCAAGGCCAGUAUUCUCCCACCGCCUCAUCCUUCUCAUUAGAGAC